AUGAUCAACAAACAGAUAGAAACAAAUAAUGAAAUUAUAACAAGAGUAUUUAAACAUAAAUAUCUUCUUUUCUAUAUAUUAAAACGAAUCAAUAUCAAUAAUACUUCAUUCCUUGGUGUUGAAAUUCCAAGCAAGAAAGUGGUAGUCAUAGGUGAUCAAGAUCUUAUCGAUGAUGACGAUCUCUACAAUGAUAGCAUCGACAAUUUUUCCAACAAGAAUACCCAAACAUAUCAUUUCGUAGCAAAAAAGUACACACAUCUUGCUCAUGAUCUAUUAUGGGUCGUACGACAUGGACACUAUGGUGUACUCAAAGAACUAAUUAGUACAAAACCACCAAUCGUCGACGAAAUAACAAACACAUUUAUCCACGAGAGUGCAACGAUUGACGAUCCCUCUGUGAUUGGUCUAGUCUUAUCAAUCUUUUGCAAACAAUUUAAAGAUUACCUAGAAUCAAACAAUCAAGGUAUCACACAGUACCUUUUGUCUCUGGUAACGACACACGGCAACAUUGGUAUAUGGAGGUUGGUUACAAAUUUUAUCAAUGAUCAUUGUUUGGAUGAACAUAAAAAGAACAAGAACAAGAAAGGAGGACCCUCUUUUGGGUUGGAUGGCAUAUCUGUACUACAACUAGUUUCAGUUGAUAGACAUGAUGAAUUUGUAACAUCUCUAUUACAAUUGUGUAUUUUAAAGAGUCGUGACGAGAUUAUGGAAGAAAUUGUCACUGCCAUUCUAGAUGGUUCACUGCCGAUAAAGACUAAAAAGAUGGUACCGUCGUUGUCGUACAAAUAUAGAUCAUCAAGUCCUCUCCCAAACCUUGAGUCGAGAAUCUUGAUUCAAACAACAUUGGAUAAUCUAUACACUAGAUUACCAAUGCCUCUCUAUUACAACAUUGUCAUCAGAUCACCAUUGGCAUUUAUGACUGACAAUAUCAAUAUUUUAUCCAACCUUUUCGAAUCAAAUCCUAUUUAUCAUCUAAGAGCAUAUCUCCAAGUCAAUCCUAUUCGUCAAGAUACUUGCAAUGAAGAAAUGAAACAAAAGAAAAAUAUACUCUUUCAAUUGUUGACAAAAUACAAAGAUCAAUUAAAAAUUGAUGCGGAUAAAAUAGAUAGUAACAUUCAACCAUUCUAUUCUUCUUCAUCACCACAACAAACUACAUCAUCAAUAGAAUACACGUAUAAUAUGUUUUGGGUAUUUGAACUAUGCACAAUGAUCAAUGGUCAAGAUGAUGAUACACUUGGAACUAGUCAAAAACAAAUAAUAUCUUUAAUCAAACAAAACAAGAUCUUUACCAAUGAUUUGGUGAAUUAUUUAUUGGAUCGAUGUGGUUUUACAAUUAUUUGUCGGUUUGGUAGUAAAAGAUUGGUAGAAUCGGCAUUUAUUGCAAUCAUGAUGUCCAAGACAAUAGAAAUACAAGCCGACACGAGAAACCUUUUAAAGGACCUUGUAUCAAAUCGACCUCAAUGGGAUGUGAUUGAGUUUUUGGUUCUAAAGACUGGUCUUACAUUUGAAACUGAUUACAAUAUUAUAAAACGAAUUUUAACAAAAGGAGGAUUGAAUCGAGUUGCUAUUCACUUGGCCACACCAGAAUCAAUGUCUAGGUGGUCUGCCAAUAUGGCAGAUAUAUCAACAGAGACAAUCACCAUUCCAUCACCCUCCCCAACCAUUCUCUCCCAAGACAAUGAAAAGAAUAUUCAACUGCUCGACUCUAUCAUUGCAAAAUAUUUAGUAAACAAUGACGUUGUUCAUUUUAUUGCUAUUCUUAAAGAGCUUAGAGAGAGUUCAUACUAUCUACCAGUUAUUAAAUACCUUGAUGGUUAUUUUAAACAAAAAGAUAAUCAAUCUAUAGAAAUACAAUCAAAGAUUGAUAAUCUUGUAAAAAACCAUUAUCAAAUAUCAUUAGACUAUGCAAUACAAAAAUUGGAUUUGGAAAUGGUUCAAGGAGUGGUAGAGAUUGGUAUACCAUUUAAAAUUGAGUACCCAGAGACUUGGAGAAUUGUCGGACAAUAUGGAUCGGUAGAAUGGAUCAGUACAUUCCUUCUCAUUGCCAAUAGUUAUGAUCGACAAUUAUCAAUUAGACCAUUCUAUCAUAGUUUAAAAGAAGGUGCCCUUUUAAAUCAUAAUCUUAAUAAUAGAAAUUCAAUUUUAAACUUUAUAAAAGAAAAAUCUCAUUAA